CCUCCGCGGCUGUGCGCGGUCUCCCGCCCACUGGGCGCCGCUGGCUAGCUCUGCCACAGAGAAAGCCUCCAGCCGGCUAGAGCAACAACUCCCAGUCGGAAGUUACGGUUGAAGUCCGGGCAGCCAUAAUUGAUAAUGGCAAGAGGCGUUUCCUGUCUCCCGUUUGACGUACACGCGUUUCCUUCGUUCAGCCCCCGUUACCCCGGGCAACAGCGGAGCGGUCUGGAAGGAACGAACCCGAGCAAAAGCACUGUAUCCAGCAGUUAUAGAUGGCAGAAGUGAAGUCGAUGUUCCAUGAAGUCCUUCCAAAACAAGGGCAGUUGUCUGUGGAAGAUGUAACCACAAUGGUGCUGUGUAAACCCAAACUUUUACCCUUAAAAUCUCUGACUCUGGAAAAACUGGAGAAAAUGCAGCAAGCAGCACAGGAUACAAUCCGCCAACAAGAAAUGGCCGAAAAAGAAGACCGGCAAAUAGCCCAGUGACGAAUACCACUUUAAGGGGACGGACCCCCAUCUUAAUAGGAACUAGAAACUAUGCUAUAACUAUAGGCUGGAAAUACAUAAUCAAACUGGACAUCCAUAAUUUUAAAAAACAAAUUUGGGAACUUAAACAUUGGUUUGUGUUAAAAAGAAAGCUUUGUAUCAAGUUAGGGGAUUUUGGAAAAGUUUUUAAAAUUAUAAAUUACCUUAUUUGCUAUACCUAUUGUUAUGAAUGUAAGAAAUUAAAUGCAUCUUUUAUGGAUGAAUGAUUUCUUCGUGUUUAUUAGACACUUAAAUCUGAAAAUAAACUCUGUUCUUGAA